GAACUGUUCCUGCAUCGAGAGACGGCAUGGGUCAACGACCAGCGUACCAUCUUUUGGAAGGUCAUUCUAUUCGAAUUCUGCCUCGUUCGAGGCUGCUUCUCCGGAAACAUGCUCUCGUACUCUUUGCGGCAUUUAUACUCACCUGUUGCCUGGUCUACCAUGCAUCAUUUUCUGCUGGACGUAUCUCUAUCAAGCACAAUUGGUCUCUUUCCGGCACUGAUGAAAUCAUUUCGCAACUCCCUUCUCAAUCACCGGUCACCAUCAUAACCGCGUUUUUUCCGUUAAAAUCUAAACAUUCGACUUCAAGUUACAACCAAUGGCUUCGCAAUUUCAUGACGAAAGUUUCUGGCCCCAUGAUUGUGUAUACCACUCGAUCAUAUGCUUCUCAGAUUGCGACCCUACGAAAGGGAUUCGAGCAUUUGACGACUGUGAUUGCAGAUUUUGACAGCAUAUGGGAACUACCACCGAAUCGAAACUAUAGCGACAUUUACGCCGAUCAACAUAAAAUGGAUCCUGAAAAACAUCAUCACACCCCUUCUUUGUAUGCGGUCUGGGCGGCAAAAUUAUGGAUGGUGGUUCAAGCGACAGAGUUGAAUCCGUUUAAUAGCAGCUAUUUCUUUUGGGUUGAUGCAGGUUCAUUUAGGGAUAGGGCGCAUCCUUAUCGUCUUUGGCCAGAUCCCUUCACUGUUGACGAGAUAUGGAAAGGUGGUGGACCAGAGCGACGCAAAAGUCCUAUCGUAGGAUUAAUUAACUCAUGGGGCUCGCUCAAUCAGUUCGAAAACGUUCACGAAUCUGAGCCAGAUAGUCUCUUGGACCAAACGGCCGACCGAAUAGAGGGGGGUUGGUUUGGCGGGCCCAUAGAGGCGAUAACGUGGUGGGCCCAUGAAUUCUAUCGCUUGCGGGACAAAUACGCGGAAAUGGGCAAAUUCAUUGGCAAGGAUCAACUAGUGCACAAUGCCAUCGCUCUUUUGAACCCUCAGAGAGUUUUGGUGCUGGAAACCUAUAAAAAUGCAAAUCUGCCGACAUGUAAACUGGAUCCAUGGUUUGCGUUCCAAAACUAUCUAGCUCAUGAAUCUGAACGCGUCCGGGGUUGUCCUCACACCCCCGCUCUUUCAUUAGAUGAGGCGAUGGGCACAUCAUAAUGUUAGAUAAUACAGAUAGCUAUCAAAUAAGGGGCUCCAGCACUGACAGGAAAGCCAGAA